ACGCUUUGGGAACGUACCAGGCGCAGAGAAGGGUGGACCAUGAAUUGUUGGACGACUGCACGGAUCUUCAUUAUGUCAGCUCUAAUCUGCUCCACGACUGCUGAAACCAAAGGAGAGGACGAUUUGUGCAAGACCGCUGACUGUAUAAGACUGGGUUUAGAGCUUAGUGAUGCUAUUAACGCAUCUGCAGAUCCAUGUGAUGAUUUCUAUGACUACGUUUGCAAAAAAUGGAAGAAUAAGACCCAAAUUCCGCCUUAUUUGCCUAGCUAUGGACACCUGUGGUUGAUACGGGAUGAAGUGGCCAAGAAAAUUAAUGAAACUAUACGUCACAAAGAAGUAAAACAAGAGAAUCAAACUUUCGAGGACAAGAUUGUGAUGGCCUAUAACUUGUGCAUGAAGGGAGCGGAUGAAUUACACCAGCUCAACAGUACAUUAAAAACAUUCGGCAUCAAAAAAUGGCCAAUGAUGCUUAAUUCGACUGAAACUAUACUCUGGACUGACAUCUACCGAAAAAUUCGUAUUGAGGGAGACAUGUCGUUUAUUUUUAGUAUCAAUCUUAAACCUUACUUUCGAAAUUCAUCGCAGCGGGCCAUUUCAAUAGAAAGGUAUGAGAUGGCACCCUCUCCAGAUUACAGUAAUAACGACACGUUUCAAGCGUAUAAAAAGCUCAUAACACAAACCAUUAUAUUGUUUUCGGGAAUCACCGAAAAUGAAGCAACCAAGAUUUCUCAAGAUAUACUCGACUUCGAGAUAAACUUAACAAAGAAACUCGAUGGCCUAUCGCCUCCUCCUGAUCUAAUUGACAUUGAUAUAUACUCCGAAAACGCAACUUAUGACUAUGAUUAUAGCGACUAUGAAGUCUCAUCAAGUGGCUCGGCUCUUGACGUACCAAGAUGUCCGGAGCCUACACUCCAGCCUUCUACAAAAUUGAGAGAUAUUAACAAAGUAUUACAACCAGGAGGGUGGUUACAACUUAUAAAGGACAUAUUUCAAAAUGUAUCAGUCAAUUUAACUGAAGAAGAAGAAGUGAAUGUCCCGGAGCCGCUAUUCCUUCGGCAUGUUAUGACGCUACUGAACACCACGCCUCCGGCUGCGGUGAACAACUAUUUUGGAUGGAUGCUUCUUUAUAAAUUAGGUCCAAUCGCUUCUCAUAAUAUAAGAAAACUUAACUUCGAGUUUAACAAAGUGUGGAGAGGACUCCAGGGAGAGGAGCCAAGAUGGAGACAUUGCGUCAACGUAUUGAACGACCCGUAUGACCCCAUACUCGGUUACGGGCUGGGAAGACUGUACAUUGAUCAGUACUUUAAUGAAACAGAGAAAGAAAACAUAGAGACAAUUGCGCAAAAUGUGAGCGAAGCUCUCAAAAGCGUCCUUCAAAAUAAUACAUGGAUGGACGAGGCUACGAAAGCCAACGCAACAAAAAAGCUUGAAAAUAUGGUUUUCAAGAUAGGAUACCCUGAAGAGAUAAAAGACGAAAAUAUUUUGAACAAGGUGUAUCAAGAAGUUGGGGAUGUAAAACUCAACGGCUCCUUCCUUGGUGCUUACCUGAGCUUUAGAAAGAGCAACGCCAAAUAUAAAUUAAAAAAGAUGGGUAGUCCCUUGUUUAACCGGAUAAAAGAAUGGCCUCAUGACUUGACCAGAGUAAAUGCGGAGUACUCGCCACUGGAGAACUCAGUUGUAUUGGCGGCAGUAAUUUUGCAACACCCGUUCUACUCCUUUGGACUUCCAUCGUCAGUAAAAAUGGGAACACUGGGGUGGAUAUUAGGACACGAACUUAACCACGCAUUUUAUGGUCCAGCACGUGACUAUGACGAAUAUGGAAACAAGCGGUACUGGUGGUCUGAGCAAUCGAAGGAAAAGUUUGAGAAACGCGGGGACUGUGUCAGGGCUCUGUAUAAAGAUCAGAUAGAAGAGGAAACCUGCAUGAAGAUCAAUGAAAAUGAAACGCUUAACGAAAAUAUUGCUGAUAUUAAGGGUUUAGAAACUGCUUUUGUGGCGCAUCGGCGACUAUUGAUGCAGUUUCCUAAAGAACCGCAGCGACUUCCAUGCCUUAAUGAGUCCAACCCUGACAAGUUGUUUUUCAUCUCACUGGCAUAUAGCUUUUGCCAAAACGAUCAGCUGGCAGAGAUGAGGGACAUCGUUCUGCACGACCCUCACACCCCUUCGAAAAUAAGGGUCAACCGACAUCUCAGAAACUCUAAAAUCUUUUUGGAGACAUUCCAGUGCAGAGAAGGCAGUCGCAUGAAUAUAAGUAGUAAAUGUGAAGUGUAA